ACAGUUUCUGUUCCACAUUCAGUUAUACAGUCGCGCGUUGAAGAAGGAGUGAUGCUAUUUUUAAAUAAAAACCGAGCGCUUUCGUUGGUCCUUAAUUUUAUUUUCUUAAUCAUUCUAAUUUCGUCAAAUGCCCAAGCCGAUGAAAGAAACAUAAACAAGCUGCUGAACAAUCAGGUUGUGGUCAGUCGCCAAAUUAUGUGCAUUCUUGGCAAGAGCGAGUGCGACCAAUUGGGACUUCAACUGAAAGCUGCACUUCCGGAAGUUAUAACCAGAAAAUGCAGAAACUGCUCUCCCCAACAGGCCCAAAAGGCGCAAAAGCUGACAACCUUUUUACAAACAAGAUAUCCGGAUGUUUGGGCUAUGCUUCUAAGAAAGUACGAUAGUGCCUAAAUAUGGCAAUUGAAUGUUCUCAUACAUCGAAAAUAAUAAAUUAGUCUCACCAUCUUAA